GAUGUCUCUGCUCAGUAUCUUCAGCCGUCGCAAUGAAGGCUCGUCAACGUACAACCCGGUAUCAGAGGACGAGGACAAACUGCUCGACGAACCUACACAAACGACCAAAGCUGAGCUAGAGAAGCUCAAGCAAGCCAAUGCCAACCUGAAGCGCGUGCUGGCCGUCUUUGCUGCCUUCUUCCUAGCCUUCCUCGGUCUUAUAGCAUUCAAGAGCUGGGAGUCGCAUGAAGAUAGCCUUUUGUUCCCGCGCAUGCUCAAAUCGCCUGUGCCGCCCAUGCCCAUGAACAUCCAGACCUUCGAGCGCAAUUCGCUCUACGCAGACCGCCCCUCUCCUGAAUCCGAUGCAGCCUGGAACGCACUCCUCCCUGAAGGCCGCGGCUUCGUCUAUGUGCCCGAAUCAGAAAAAUAUGCUCUGCCACCGGGUGAAACGACCUUUUACGGCGAGAUAUACUCCGUGUCUAUGUUUCAUCAACUGCACUGUCUAGGCCAACUGCGCAAAUACUAUUGGUUGUUGAUUGAUGGAGUCUCGAGCAACAGCACAAGCUUAAAGCCGAUGGUAGAGGGCUUGUUGGGACCUUCGGGAGAGCAUGUAUCGCAUUGUUUUGAUUACUUGCGACAGACGCUGCAAUGUGCGGGUGAUAUGGCAUUGGAAUGGCCAAGGAAAGAGGAGGAUGGUAGUAGGACCUGGGAUCAUAUCGUCGAUUACAUGAGGGGAUCGUACUUCAAUUUGUCCAUGAACAGCGACAUUGCGCCCGAUCAUCCUAUGCAUCCUGAGGGCAUGGCGAAGUUA